AUGGAGACCGACCCCGGUGUCAGCUCAAUGGUCAUGUGGGAGGACGAGUCGGUGGACGUCCGCUACGUGGACGGGUCCCAGCUGCAAGUGUCCCCCUGCGGCGGGGAGUUCCUGCUGGUGAAAGCCUCCGACCCCUCCCAGCAUCCUCUGCAGCCCCGAGAGAGGGUCCGCCAGAGGACCAGGUUCACCAUCAGCUCAUACAAGGAGUUGAUGACAGCUGCUCUGGCGUUUAGGAAUAAAUAUGCAAGUCGACCAUACCUGCCACAGGAACUCGUCCCUGCUGAGCACAAGACGGCUUUCAGUAUCGACUCGGAUGUGAUGUGGCCUGAGUUCUCCUCCUGUGAAGCUGAGCUCGGGCCUGGAGGUGAAACCAUCAUCCGGUCCGAGGAGGGACGAGCUACGCUGAUGCUGUCGCCCUCAGGAGAAGACUUCUCCAUCGAGUUCCAGUGCAGACUCAGCCAGUUUCAGAAUCCUCAGCACAGUGCGGAGAGUUUCAGCAGGGACGCAGAAUGCAGGGCGAGCAGGCAGCAGCAUCCUGGGGCGAUGUACCAAUCCACCACAGUGGUCCAGCAUCACUCGUGCUUUGCUCAUGCCCCCAUGUGGCGCUACCCUCUCUCCUUAGCUCUCCACCACUGGACAACGCGUGUCUCCCAACUUAAAGAAGUCACAGCGGUCAGAUCCGAUUGUUCUGCCCAAGCAGACAGGAAAAUAGACAUGUCGGACAUAUCCAGUGAAGAGAGAAGGUCUUGUCUACCUCAGGCACUGGCUCUCACAUGUCUGUCCCCUCACAGACACAGGUGGAAGAGUAAAGAUGAGGACCUUCCAGCCGAGCUGAUGAAAGUGAUGUGGUGUCAAGGAGUCACCUACAGGAUACUGAGUGGAGCUGUCUCAGUCAUGGAGGUUUCUCCAGGAGAUGGAUCAGUGAUCCGUUCCAACGGUGUCCUCAACACUUACUUUACCCAUCACCGCCCUGAGCUCCAGUCAGGGCGGCUGAAAGAGAUAUCAUACCAUCUGAAUAACCUUCCACCAGAUGUAGUUGGACAGGCCUACUCCAUAAGCUCUAUUGUGAAUCGUGCAAGCAGGAUCCUCACCUGCUAUGACCAGGCCAAACAAUCGCUGACGCUCCCUGCAACACUCAGCUGCUUGCAAGGGACCAUAGAGGUAGUUGUUCAUAUCUACAGUAUUUCCACAGUAUUCCAGGUUCUAAAGUAUAUUAAUAUGGUAUUUUGUUUGCAGGGCAGACCUGCAGUGCCUGAAGGAUAUCUUUCACCUGCAGAGCAUCGAAUGAUUGUUACAGAGAGACAAGAAAACCUGUCAGAUAUUGUAGCUGCAGAGGUGGAGAAGAUACAACGGUUCAACUUUCUUCUGGAGAAUAGCAAGCUGCAAAGAGGUGAGAAAGCAUGUGUGGAGCAGAAAUGUCCUUCUGCAGAGGAGGAGACUCAUGAACCACUGAGUGAGAGCUCCAUUGCUGAAGCUCUUCACAGGACGUCCAAGGCCAUACAGGAGAUUGAUGCUCUUGUGUCUGCAACAAAACUGACUUGACGGAUUGACGGAAAAGUAGCAGGAACCCCUGCGUCUGGGCUUCACUGGGAAGAUGUAAAGCAGUUUAACCAUUAUGUACGAACACUUGCAUAAAAUCACUAAUAACGUAAAA